UGGUGAUACAAGCUAUCUUCAGUUCUGUUUGUGGUAUUAAGUGAGGAAACACAAGUUGAAAAAAAAGCGAAACAAUUACCUGUUUCCUUAGUCGAAAAGUUAAAGCUUUGUUUGGUUCGUUGUAAUUGUUAUUUUCGACUAAUUAAAGUGUCCAGUUAGCAUUCAGAUAUGUCGGACAGCGACGAUAGUAAUUUUUCUGAUAGAAAAGAAGCUCUAAGUGAUGCAGAAAGUUCGGAAAAUGACUCCGACGACCGUAAUCACAAACCAGUAAGCAAAAAACUUGCAAAAAAAGACAAGUCAAAGAAAAAGAAGAAAAGGGAUAAAGGUGCUAAGAAAAGUAAACGGCAUAAAGGUAGUGAUUCUGAAGAUGAGGAAGAAGAUGAUGAAGUCGAAGAGGAAGAAGAUGAAGAAGAUGAAGAAGAAGUCAGGGGUGGUAGGAAACGAAAAAAGAGUGAUAGGUUUGGCGGCUUUAUCUUAGAAGAAGCAGAAGUUGAUGAUGAGGUCGAAGAUGAAGAAGAAUGGGAGGAUGGAGCUGAAAACUAUGGAUUAGUGGGCAAUGAAGUUGAUGAAAUGGGACCUACAGCCAGGGAAAUUGAUGGUAGGCGUAGACAACAACAAAUGUGGGAUAGUUCGAAAGAAGAAGAGGUAGAAGAGUAUUUUCGGAAAAAGUAUGCCGAUGAAGCUACCGUCACUAGACACUUUGGAGAUGGAGGUGAAGACAUGACUGACGAAAUAACACAACAAACAUUGCUUCCUGGAGUCAAAGAUCCAAAUCUCUGGAUGGUCAAGUGCCGAUUGGGGGAGGAGAAACAAACAGUAUUCCAGUUAAUGAGGAAAUUCAUUGCUUACCAGUUCACUGAAGAACCCUUGCAAAUCAAGUCAAUUGUGUCACCUGAAGGUGUCAAAGGAUAUAUCUAUGUUGAGGCUUUCAAACAAACUCACGUUAAGCAGGCAAUUGACGGCAUCGGAAGCCUUCGGAUGGGUUUAUAUGCCCAACAGAUGGUUCCUAUUAAAGAAAUGACUGAUGUUUUGCGUGUAGUAAAAGAACAAAGUGUCAUGAAGCCUAAAUCGUGGGUUCGUCUUAAGCGUGGCAUUUAUAAAGAUGACAUCGCUCAAGUGGAUUAUGUAGAUGUGGCUCAAAACCAGGUACACUUGAAGCUGAUUCCACGCAUAGACUAUAGUAGGCCGCGUGGAGCUUUGCGUACGGCUCAGUCUGAUGCUGAUGCAAAAAAAAAAAGAAAAAUUCGCCCUCCUUUGAAAUUAUUUGAUCUGGAAGCAAUUAGAGCGGUGGGUGGUGAAGUGACUAGUGAUGGAGACUUCUUGAUUUUUGAAGGAAACCGAUACUCGCGUAAAGGUUUCCUCUACAAAAAUUUUGCUAUGAGUGCAAUCCUUGCUGAUGGGGUCAAACCAACAUUGAUUGAACUUGAGCGCUUUGAAGAGGCUGUUGAAGGAGUUGAUCUAGCUGUCCGUAUUGUGUCCGGAAAAGAGGAAGCAACUCAUAAUUUCGCUACAGGUGAUGCCGUAGAAGUUUGUGAAGGUGAACUCAUUCAUCUCCGUGGAAAAAUUGUGGCUAUUGAUGGCAAUAAGAUUACCGUCAUGCCAAAGCACGAAGAUCUCAAGGAUCCUCUGGAGUUUCAAGCUCACGAAUUAAAAAAGUACUUCUCGAUGGGAGAUCAUGUUCGUGUUAUUGCCGGUCGCUACGAGAACGAUACAGGACUGAUUGUUCGCGUAGAAGACAAUAUGGUAGUACUUUUUUCUGAUCUUACAAUGCACGAACUCAAAGUUCUGCCAAGAGAUCUUCAGCUGUGCUCCGAUAUGGCUACAGGAGUAGAUUCAAUGGGUCAAUAUCAAUGGGGUGACUUGGUGCAGCUCGAUGCCCAGUCCGUUGGUGUCAUUGUACGAUUAGAGAGGGAGAAUUUCCAAGUACUCAACAUGCAUGGAAAAGUCGUAGCCGUUCGACCACAAGCAUUGCAGCGCCGCAAGGAGAAUCGCCAAGCUGUAGCUCUUGAUUCAGAACAAAAUACGAUACAGCGAAAGGAUAUCGUUAAAGUUAUCGAUGGUCCCCACUCUGGCCGUCAGGGAGAAAUACGUCACCUUUACCGUAACUUUGCAUUCCUCCACUCCCGGAUGAUGCUAGAAAAUGGUGGAAUUUUCGUCUGUAAAACUCGUCACCUUGUAUUGGCUGGUGGUAGUAAAGGUGCUUCGAGCUCACCAGCAAUGUCCGGUAUGGGCUACAUGUCACCCAGGAUUUCAUCACCCAUGCACCCAAGUGGUGGAGGUGGAAGAGGUGGAGGACGCGGCGGGGGUGGUGGUGGUGGUCGUGGAGGAGGUGGAGGACGUGGAGGCGGUGGUGGAUUUGGAAGAGGUGGCGGAAGAAUUGGGCGUGAUCGAGAUUUAAUUGGCAAAACCAUUAAAGUAACGCAAGGGCCAUACAAAGGUCAUAUAGGCAUUGUCAAGGAUGCUACCGAUUCAACGGCCCGUGUUGAAUUGCAUUCUAAAUGCCAAACGGUAUCGGUCGACCGAACUCGAAUUGCAGUUGUGGGAGGACCUUCCAAAUCUGGUGCUGUAUCUACCUAUAGCCAAACUCCUGCGUCGCAAGGAGAAGGUCGUGAUACGCCGAUGUAUGCUUCUGGCUCUCGUACUCCAAUGUAUGGCUCUCAAACUCCACUGUACGAUGGCUCGCGAACUCCUCACUACGGUGGCAUGACGCCCUCUCAUGAUGGAUCGCGUACACCUGGUCAAUCUGGAGCAUGGGAUCCAACCGUCACUAAUACCCCCGCCCGAUCUACCGACUAUGGUGACUUGGAUAACUGGGAUGAUCAAUCCCCGUCGCCAGCCUACAACCCUGCAACGCCUGGCUCGGCUUAUCACGUAGACACUCCACAAGGUCCUUACACUCCGCACACACCGGGAACGUCGUACGGUUCAGAUCAUACGUAUUCACCCUAUCAGCCCAGUCCAAGUCCUGCGCCGUAUCAAGCAUCUCCAAGCCCAUCAGGUUAUGCACCUACUCCUAGCCCCAGUACAGGCUUGCCAUUCCAUCCAUCGCCUGGGAUGGCUUCAAGUUAUACUUCGCCAUCUCCUAUGAGCUAUAGUCCCAUGACGCCUGGUGUAGCACCAUCACCGCUUAACCCUCAAACACCAGGAGCGGGAAUGGAUUCUUUGUCCUCCCAAGAUUGGUAUACCACCGACAUAGAGGUGCGUUUCAAGGAUUCAAAUAAUGAUAAAGGACUCUCAGGACAGAGUGGCGUGAUUCGAGGUAUAUCUGGAGGGAUGUGUUCACUUUUUCUACCGGCUGAAGAUCGCGUUGUAACAGUUGCCGGAGAACUAUUAGAGCCAAUCGUGCCAGUCCGGAAAGAUCGAGUCAAGAUUAUUCUGGGAGAAGAGCGCGAAAGCACUGGUCAGUUGUUAUCUAUCGACCAUCAAGAGGGGGUUGUUAAACUUGAUUCAGGCGAUGUGAGAAUGUUCCAGUUGCGGUUCCUUUGUAAGAUGAAGGGUCGCUAAACGGCUACUCGCUCCGUGCACCGUCGGGUUUCAUUUGGAAGAAAAAAAUAUUUCACCUUCAUUGGGCUAAAAACACUGUAGUUUUGAUGAGUUAUGCUGACGAGGAAACUUCAGAGUGAAACGCCAAUCGUUUUCAUGUCACUGCUUGAAAUAGUACGGAUGAAUACAUGGAGUUUUCGAUUACGGA